CUCCCUCCCCCCGUCGUCCCGUUGCUUCUACCUGCGCGGCUGCCACCUCUCAAGCCUUUUCCUGCUGUGCUCGUCAGCUUUCUCAGUCAGUUGAGUUGGCGCAGGCGCGGAGCGCAAGACGCGUGCGCACUAAGCGGGGGGGCGCUAUUCUUUUUCCCUUCUCAUCUCGGCUCGCGGCUCUCGGGCGUACGGUCAGCCGUCUGCUCAUUGGCUGUUCCGUUGUUAGAGCGUCUGGCUCGGUCGACGGUUGAGGCCUAAAGUUCUGCGCAGGCGCAGAACGCGGCUAAGGUAAUAAGCCUCGCGCUCGUUCUGACGGGCCUCAAGAAAAAGAAGGAAACCCGCCAGCUCGCUGUUGCCAACGCGGUCGCCGCUGUCUCCUCUCCUCCGUGAGGGGAAAAGAGAAAAAGAAAGCCGGGGAAGACCUGGAACGGCCGCCGCCGCCAUCAUGAGCGUGGAAGCGUACGGGCCCAGUUCGCAGACGUUGACUUUCCUCGACACCGAGGAGGCCGAACUGCUGGGCGCUGACACGCAAGGCUCCGAGUUCGAGUUCACCGACUUUACCUUGCCCAGCCAGACUCAAACGCCGCCCGGGGGAGGCUCCGGGAGCGGUGGAGGCGUCAUCGCGCCGGGGACCCCGGGACUCCCGGGGGGUGGCGUCGGAGUGGGCGCGGGGGGGCCGCCUUCCGUCGUCGCUCCGGGGCAGUUGGACGCCCAGGUAAAUGGACCAGAUGGCAUCCUCCAGAAUGGGGCAGUGGAUGAUAAUGUGCCUAAAACCAGCCAACUUCUUGCGGAGCUCAAUUUUGAAGAAGACGAGGAAGACACUUACUACACCAAGGACCUUCCUGUACAUGCCUGCAGCUAUUGUGGUAUCCAUGACCCAGCUUGCGUGGUCUAUUGUAACACCAGCAAGAAGUGGUUCUGCAAUGGACGUGGGAAUACCUCUGGCAGUCACAUUGUGAACCACCUUGUGAGAGCCAAGUGCAAAGAAGUGACUCUUCAUAAGGAUGGUCCUCUGGGCGAGACCGUCUUGGAAUGCUACAAUUGUGGCUGUCGUAAUGUGUUUCUUCUUGGUUUCAUCCCGGCCAAAGCUGACUCCGUGGUCGUUUUGUUAUGCAGGCAGCCUUGUGCCAGCCAGAGCAGCUUAAAGGACAUCAAUUGGGACAGCUCACAGUGGCAGCCUUUGAUUCAGGAUCGCUGCUUCCUUUCCUGGCUAGUCAAAAUUCCGUCAGAACAGGAACAACUGAGGGCCCGGCAGAUCACAGCUCAGCAAAUUAACAAACUAGAAGAACUGUGGAAGGAGAACCCAUCUGCUACUUUGGAGGACCUGGAAAAGCCUGGGGUUGAUGAAGAGCCACAGCAUGUCCUCCUUAGAUAUGAAGAUGCUUAUCAGUACCAGAACAUCUUUGGUCCUCUGGUCAAGCUUGAAGCAGACUAUGACAAGAAAUUGAAGGAAUCUCAGACUCAAGACAACAUUACUGUGAGAUGGGAUCUUGGUUUGAACAAGAAAAGGAUUGCCUACUUCACCCUGCCAAAGACUGAUUCAGAUAUGCGUUUGAUGCAAGGGGAUGAGAUCUGCCUGAGAUACAAAGGGGACUUGGCCCCACUGUGGAAAGGAAUUGGCCAUGUGAUUAAAGUUCCUGAUACUUUUGUAGAUUACGGUGAUGAAAUUGCAAUUGAGUUGAGAAGUAGUGUCGGUGCGCCUGUGGAAGUGACUCACAAUUUCCAAGUGGAUUUUGUAUGGAAAUCGACAUCCUUUGAUAGAAUGCAGAGUGCCCUAAAAACAUUUGCUGUGGAUGAAACAUCAGUUUCUGGCUACAUCUAUCACAAACUUCUGGGUCAUGAGGUGGAAGAUGUUAUAAUUAAAUGUCAGUUGCCAAAGCGCUUCACAGCACAAGGACUUCCAGAUCUCAACCAUUCUCAGGUGUAUGCAGUGAAGACUGUUUUGCAGCGUCCCUUGAGUCUUAUCCAGGGGCCCCCUGGCACAGGCAAGACUGUGACAUCAGCCACAAUUGUGUAUCACCUGGCAAGGCAAGGAAAUGGGCCUGUGCUGGUUUGUGCCCCAAGUAACAUUGCUGUGGACCAGCUGACCGAAAAAAUACAUCAGACGGGGCUGAAGGUGGUGCGCCUGUGUGCAAAGAGCCGCGAGGCCAUUGAUUCACCUGUCUCUUUCUUAGCAUUGCAUAACCAGAUCAGGAAUAUGGAUAGCAUGCCAGAGCUCCAGAAACUGCAGCAACUGAAAGAUGAGACUGGGGAACUGUCAUCCGCUGAUGAGAAGCGCUACCGAGCACUUAAACGAACAGCUGAGCGGGAAUUGCUAAUGAAUGCAGAUGUCAUUUGUUGCACAUGUGUCGGAGCCGGCGACCCAAGACUUGCUAAAAUGCAGUUUCGUUCCAUUUUGAUCGAUGAAAGCACACAGGCCACUGAGCCAGAGUGCAUGGUGCCUGUUGUUCUUGGGGCAAAACAGUUGAUCCUAGUGGGCGAUCAUUGCCAGCUCGGCCCCGUCGUAAUGUGCAAGAAGGCAGCUAAAGCAGGUCUGUCGCAAUCCCUCUUUGAGCGACUGGUGGUAUUGGGCAUUCGGCCCAUUCGCCUGCAAGUCCAGUACCGCAUGCACCCAGCCCUGAGUGCUUUUCCUUCCAACAUCUUUUAUGAAGGGUCACUCCAGAAUGGUGUCACUGCAGCAGACCGUGUGAAGAAGGGGUUUGACUUCCAAUGGCCUCAGCCAGACAAGCCCAUGUUUUUCUACGUGACCCAAGGGCAAGAAGAAAUUGCAAGUUCUGGCACUUCUUAUUUGAACAGAACAGAGGCAGCCAAUGUGGAGAAAAUAACCACGAAGCUACUGAAGGCUGGUGCAAAGCCAGAUCAGAUUGGUAUCAUCACACCCUAUGAGGGCCAGCGUUCAUAUUUGGUGCAGUACAUGCAGUUUAGUGGAUCUUUGCAUACCAAGCUUUAUCAGGAAGUUGAAAUCGCUAGUGUUGAUGCUUUCCAAGGGCGAGAGAAGGACUUCAUUAUCCUCUCCUGUGUUAGAGCCAACGAGCAUCAAGGCAUUGGCUUCCUGAAUGACCCCCGGCGUCUCAAUGUGGCUCUCACAAGAGCAAGAUAUGGGGUCAUUAUUGUUGGGAAUCCAAAAGCACUCUCCAAGCAACCUCUUUGGAAUCACCUUCUGAACUACUACAAGGAGCAAAAGGUCCUGGUGGAGGGACCAUUGAACAAUCUCCGUGAGAGCCUUAUGCAGUUUAGCAAGCCUCGAAAACUGGUCAACACUAUCAAUCCAGGAGCCCGGUUUAUGACAACUGCUAUGUAUGAUGCCCGUGAAGCUAUUAUCCCUGGAUCAGUUUAUGAUCGCAGCAGCCAAGGCCGGCCAUCCAACAUGUAUUUCCAAACACAUGAUCAGAUUGGGAUGAUCAGUGCUGGGCCCAGUCAUGUCACCACCAUGAACAUUCCUAUCCCAUUCAACUUGGUGAUGCCUCCCAUGCCACCCCCAGGGUACUUUGGACAGGCCAAUGGACCAGCUGCAGGUGGGAUGUUUGCAGGACGUGGAAACCUGAAAGGCAAAACUGGCCGUGGUGGGCGACAGAAGAACCGUUUUGGGAUUCCAGGGCCCAGCCAGUCGAACCUCCCCAACAGCCAGGGUAGCCAAGAUGUGGUCUCCCAGCCUUUCUCUCAGGGCCCCUUGACUCAGGGUUACAUCUCCAUGAGCCAGCCCUCGCAGAUGAGCCAGCCUGGCCUCUCGCAGCCAGAAUUGUCACAGGAUAGUUACCUUGGUGAUGAGUUUAAAUCUCAGAUUGAUGUGGCCCUGUCGCAGGAUUCAACUUACCAGGGGGAACGCGCAUAUCAACAUGGAGUGACAGGGCUGUCACAGUAUUAGAGUGUAAGGUGGUUUAUGGGGUAAAAAAACAGCUUGAUAAUAUCAGUAUCUCUUGCCUUCUCAGCUGCUCUGAAUAGUCAAGCCUCCCAUCCAUGAGAGGAGUCUGUAAAUAGGUGUUCUGGGAUUGUUUUGCUUCUUUUUGCUUAUUUAAGAUUGCUAACUUAAUUUGUAGCUAUGAAGAUGCUAAUAAUAUUCAACUAGAGAAGACAGAAAGAGGCUGUCUUCUUUAUAAGAGAAUAAUAGAGUAAUGGAGGUGGAAGGGACCUUGGAGGUCUUCUAGUCCAACCCCCUGUUCAGGCAGGGAACCCUAUACCAUUUUAGGCAAAUGGUUGUCCAAAUUUGGUGAUGGAGCACUCACAACUUCUGGAGGGAAUCUAUUCCAUUUAAUUGUUCUAACUGUCUGGAAAUUUCUCCUGAGUUCUAGGCUAAUUCUCUCCUUGAUUAGUUUCUAAUUCGCUUUGAAUUUUAGUCCCCAACUCAGGAAAAAGUUCCAAGAUCACAAAAGUACACUCCCCUUUUUUUCCUUCAGAUCCAAUGCAACCUCAAUAUUAGGUUCUGCUGAGAAAAACACCUCGCUUUUAUAAUAUUUUUGAGAUUUGAAAAAAAAAAUGUUUUUCUCUGUCUCCUAAGUCUCCGUUUGGAAAUCCCCUGUGAAAUUGAAUGGGUAAAUAAAUGUCUGAUCACAUUGAAGCAUUUCAUACAAGGCAUCACUCUGUGGUGAAACUUCUUACCACAACAUAGAUUCCAUUAGAGUUGGACAGCUAAUAAAUGGACAUAAAUCAAUAAAUACACUGUCUUUGAAACAUUGAAAACCUUAAUAGAUGGGCAAUUACCAAAGGCUGUUGAUCAGGCUAUCUGAAUGGAAUUGCCAGGGAGAGAGGCAGUUUCUUUCUCCAUAUUAAACGCAAGUAUAGGCAAUUCCCAGUAUCAAUUGUUUCUAUCAUUUUGGGUUGUUGUUUUUUUUUAAUUAUGUAAAGGGCCCAGUUCUCCAGCAACUGUGAAAACAAACAUUCUACCAACAGCAUAGUUUAUGAUUCACUUCUGAGCAUAUUUGGGCCUCUUGAAUAAAAUCUGAAUAAUAUGAAUGCCAACGUAUGAGAAAGUGCCACUUUGGAAGUGGUGGCACUGUCUUCUUGGUUUAAGAUUUAACUGUAGUUUUACUAAUACGUUUAUAACAUUUCUAGGCUGUCCCAGACUGCUAUGGCUCUGGGCAGUAUUAUGGCAGUGAUAAUACAUGAUUAUGGAUCGGCUAUGCCCAUUCCUUGAAGUAUU